AUGUCAUCUAUUGUUUGUUCUGACGAGCCUUGCAAAGUUUGUGCACAACCUGCUCAUGGAAAACAUUUCGGUGUUGUCAGCUGUCGCGCCUGUGCCGCAUUUUUCAGAAGGACUGCUUCUAGAGAAUUGAGAGAAAAAGUUCAAGUUUGUGACCCAGUGACUUGCGUUAUCUAUGAGAAUGACAGAUAUCGCUGUAAAUAUUGUCGACUCCAAAAGUGCUAUGAUGUUGGUAUGGAUUCAGCAAAAUUCCAAACUAACCGGGAUCUUAUCUCCAACUCUAAUAUCUACAAGAAAAAAUUGAAAGUCAGUCUUCCUCAAAGUUUGUCAAAUUUUCUCGGCCGACCUGAAUUUAUUUUAUGUUGUGAACCGGAUAAAGUCUCCAAUGUGAAAACUGUUAUUGACGUGUCUGAUUUAGUGUUCAAGGCUACGCGAAUACUACGAGAAGAUGUCCUUCUCUAUCCUUUCAAAUUUGAUAACAGCUUGGAAAGACUCACGUUUGGUAUGGAAGACAUGAAAACGAGAAAACUGAAUAAGAAACUGCAACUUCUGAAGACUCUUGGAAAACCGGAAUCUCUGAUGUUCUUCGAGAAAAAUUUCAUAAGUGCCGCACAAUGGUUUGCUGGAUUUCCAGAAUUUCCAGAACUGGAUAUGAAUAUUGACAUUCUAAAAUCGUCUUGGUUACUCUGGUUACGACUAGGAAAACUAGCAGAAACUGCAGAAUACCAAAAGAAGAAAAUGUUGGGAACAGAAGUCUUGAUGUGUUCAGAAGGAACUUGUGUGAAUAUCGAUAAAGUGAAUAUUGAUUUGUCUUGGUGUACUAACUAUUCAGUGGAACAGCUACGGAGUUUUAUGAUGAGUGGUUUUGAUGAGUACUGGAAGAAAUCUAUAGACUCGUUGAUUCAGUUGGAGCCAACGAAUGUUGAGCUCAACUUUAUGCUCAUUCAACUUUGCCUAAAUGAAGCUGGCAAGAAGUUUCAAGGAAAAAUUCUAGAAGCCACCGACAAACUGAUACUUAUCCAAGCAAACAAUCUACAUGAUUACUAUACUAAGAAGCUGAAAAUGCCAAAUUAUUCGAGUCGUCUGGCCAAAAUGAUGAAACUGAACAAGGAGAUGGAGGCAGAUGUGAGGGAGAGAAAAGAGAUGAGUCGAAUUGCAAGAGUUUUUGAUCUGUUUUCUAUUGAAUAUUCUCAUCCGGAAAUAAGGUCAGCAAACUGGAACUUCAAAGCUAGAGGUUUGUGGUGUGAGAAGCAAAACUGUGUGAUUUUUAAAGAUGGAAAGUACAAAUGCAAGGAAUGUAGACUGAAAAAAUGCCAACAAGUUGGAAUGGACACUAGAAAAUUCCAAAAUAAUCGAGAUUUACUCUCAUCCACUAACACUUUCCCCGAUCGGAUGUCACCAAGUUUAGCAAAUUUUUUGGGUCGUCCCGAGUUUAUAUUAUGCUGUGAGCCGAUGAAAGAAGCUCAUGUAAAAUCAAUAAUUGAUGUCAAGUAUCUCAUUGAAAAGGGAAUGAAAAUAUUAGCAGAAGAGCCCUCUUCGAUUCCUUAUAAAUUUGAGAAUAGUUUGGAGAGACUGACACUUGCGAUGGAGACAAAGACAUUGAAGAAAGUGGAUCAAAAGUUGCAAGUUGUGACAACUGUUGGAAAGAGGGAAGCGUUGCUUUUCUGGGAACAAACUUUCAUUGCGGCUGCUCGAUGGUUCACCGGAUUCUCGGAAUUCAUGGAACUGGGAAUGGACAUUAAGUCGUCCUGGCAGCUUUUCAAUCGCUUACAAAAACUAGCAGAGUCUGCUGAACUUCAUCGGAAACGAGUUCUCGGCGACAAUGAAUUCGUUUGUGCAGAAGGGACUUCGAUGAGUUUCGACAAAAUCAAAAUUGAUUGGUCAUGGUGUACAAAUUAUUCAUUUGAACAGAUGAGGGUAUUCUUCACGCCAAACGUUGCGACACACUGGAAGAGUCCAGUGGACACUUUGAUUGAAUUGGAGCCAUCAAAUGUGGAGCUUACCUUUAUGCUUAUCCAACUAUGUUUACAUCAAGCUGGGAAAAAGUAUCAAGGAAAAGUUCUCGAAGCUACUGAUAGAUUGAUACAGAUCCAAGCUGAUAACUUGCAUGAUUAUUAUACAAAGAAACUGAAAAUGCCAUACUAUUCGGGUCGAUUGACAAAACUAAUAAAAGUGAACAAAGCCAUUGAAACAGAAGUAAGGGAAAGAAAGGAGCGAAGUCAUAUUGCAUGGGUCUUCAACUUAUUUUCUAUUGAAUAUUCUCAUCCGGAGAUGUUUGAAGCUUCUUAA